AUGGCAUCCGCAAAGUACAUCAAACGGAGCUCCGAGAGUCUUCUCGACAUUGCAGGAGAUGUCGUACGCCUUCUCAAACAAGCCCAAGAAACUAUUGGAGUUGCUGAAUCAUUGACGGGCGGCGGCAUCAUGGCUGCACUCACCUCAGUUGCAGGAGCAAGUUCGGUUCUCCGCGGAGGAAUAGUCUCGUACCAUACCGGCAUCAAAAUCAACGUACUCCAAGUUGAUCAAGAUCUUAUCUCUCGACAUGGAGUGGUCCACGAUGAAGUCGCGCGGCAGAUGGCUGCCGGCGCAAAGAGAGCCACUGCACUCGAUACGCCUACGACCUGGGGCCUCAGCUCAACUGGUGUUGCUGGGCCAGGUCCCCACGAUGGAUUGCCCGCAGGGACGGUCUUUAUUGGAAUUUCGGCACCUGGGCAGGAUCGAGCGUUUGGGCCUUACCAGUUUUCGGGUGGCAGAGAUGAUGUCCGGGAAGCAACUGUCACCGAAGCGUUGUCGCAAUUACGGGAUAUGCUUGCUGCGCGAACGAAUGCUGUGGAAUAA